UUUUAAUAUCUUGAACCUAUUAUUUAGAUGAGCUAACAUAUAUCACAUAAAUAAUACUAAGAUGUUAACUCUAGCACAUAGAGCUCUGAAGGAGAAGAUUAUAUUCCAAAAAGAAUAGUUUCUAAGUCAAAUACUAGAAAAAUACACAAAAUACCUAUUGAAUAAUAGAAAUCAUUAUUUAGAUAGGUAUUUUAAGAAGGAAAAUAGAUAAAGGAAGUAAUUUUUAUUAUUCUAACUUUUAGGUUGCCAAAACCUUAAAUCUCAAUUAUUCUAGUGCUAAAUCUCUUAUCCAUUACUACAAAAACAAUAAACGAUCUGCUCCCAUAGCUAUUCUUGAUGUACUUAAUACAAAAAAAACAACCGGGUAUAGGGUUUCUAAAACAACAUCUCAAACUAAAAAUAAUCUAAAAAUAGAAGUUAGAGAAAAUAAUAAACUCAUUCAUUCCUAUUGCUUCUAUGAACAUCUUGCUACAACUAGUUGAUCAUUAUUAUAUAAACUUAUUUAAUUCAAGC